AUGUAAGAAGCGUUGCUUUGCCCUGGUUGUGUUUCCAGAGAGCGGUGCACAAAUGUUUCGCUGUUAUUGUUUAUAUUAGAACUCUCUAGUUUUAUAAACUCAGUGUUUAUAAAAUGGUUUUCAAAUAGGUUUUUUUUUUUUGGUCUCAGAAUUUAACAUCUCCGAAGCUUUAAGACCAUGCCUAUUGCUUGCUCAGCCCUCGGAUGUACAAACCGAUUUGUGAAAGGCUCGGAGAUAAGAUUUUACAGAUUCCCCAUCAGCAAGCCUCAGUUAGCCGAGCAGUGGGUGCGAAGCCUCGGAAGGAAAAACUUUGUCCCGACCACCAACUCAUGUCUGUGUUCGGAGCACUUCCUGCCCGACUGCUUCCGUGAUUACAACGGCAAACAGUUCCUGAGGGAAGAUGCUGUACCUACCAUUUUCUCACACACUGCCAAGGAGGGGGCAGACGGCACUAAGAUUGAAUUAAGGAAGAACCGUGGAGGAUUGGGGACGAAAGAGGAAUCUCGUUCUGGUUCAAUUUCUGAUGGAGGCAAACAGCAGUUCACAAAGGAGAGGAGACAAACCGCAAGAGAUACUGGCCAAAAGGCAAAAACAGGAAACGAUGCAUGCAAGAGACGCGGGGGAGUGAAGGUCUCAUCCAGUGACAGGCAGGUCAUACCCGCUAAGAGCAAAGUGUACGACAGCCGAGGUCUGCUGAUCUCCUGCGGCAGAGACCUGUGCGACUGCUUGGAUGAGGACUGCAUGGGCUGCUUCUACCCCUGUCCCAAUUGCGGCUCCCGCAAGUGUGGCGUCGAGUGUCGCUGUGACAGGAAGUGGCUUUAUGAGCAGGUGGAAGUGGAGGGGGGCGAGAUCAUCCGGAACAAGUUUGCAAGCUAAUAAAUGAGGAGAGAACAUUGCAGUAAUGUUGGGGAUUUCAUGCAUCGAACACACGGGGCCAAAUGUUCAUUGAGAGACAUUACUGGCUUUUGGCUUUGUUGUUUGGAAAGUUUUCUGAGAGUCGAGUAAAAUUCUCUAGAAACGAAAGAGCUGUAAUACUCUAUAGAUAGAACUGUAAUACACUAUGAUGUUAUUGGGAGUUUUUCAGGCUAUGGUAGUUUCUGUAAAACUCAUUUCUGACACGAUGCCUCAUCAGGCUCGCUUUCAUCGAUGGGAGAGAUUUUAUCCACUUUUAAAAUCCAUUUAAAAGCCAGCUCUUUCCUUACAUCGUAAGUUCUGGUGUAAAUCCGAUACAAAUGAUUUCCGGCUUUUCUGGCUUGUGUCUUUCAGAAGCCCAGCAUGAAAAGCUUUAAAGCUUUAUUGAACCGUACUGCUGUGUGGUAUUGCGUUACAAUUAACAUUAACAAACUAUGAACUUCAUUGUUUAAUAAACCACCAGAAAAUGUAAUUGCAGCAUUCUACUACUGUUGGUAACUUACUGAACUCUGAUCUCAGUGAUGGUCUGAAUAUUACUUCAUUGCAUUGUGUUGUUUAUUUGGUUUAUAUUAUUAAAAAAACAUUCCCACAUCAGUAACUCAAGCUUAUUUCUUUUCUUUUAACGUUUGUUCAUGUUAGCUAUUGUGUAAAACAAUGUCUAUUUAGGGAACCCCGAGGUUCCUGCUGUGAUAUUAAAGGAUUACUUAAAUGUUAUAAAGGCUAUCACCUGUCUCUAGCCACAGCAAGUGUAAUGUAUGUGGGAUCAAGAUGGACAGGAGUCCAUUUCCCUGCACUGAGGGGGAAAAAAAGGAACUCCUGAUCACUUAAUAUAUAGACCAGUCGUUAAUAAAAGUGUUUUUUAAUGUAAGUCCUGUAUAAUUUCCCCUUUGAGAGGCAGGAUUACUUUUUUAGAAGAAUAGUAAACUAGACAAAAUCUUCAGGAAAGUGCAAGGAGCUUUUUUUUGUAGUCGUAUAAAUUUAAGAACAGCUUUAGUAAGACGUGGAUAGUGGCUGUGGGAAUCACAUCU